AGUACUUAAUACCUUUCAAACAGGCUGGAUUUCUUCUUCUUCGUGGAGUUCAUGUGCUUCAGGAUUUAUUUACACUUUUGAACACGUCAACGGUGACUUGAUGAUGCAUUAAACUAAUGGCAGACUCAAUAAAUCCGGAGAAUGAAGGAGAGGAUCUGCAGUCUCAAAUUGAAGAGGUCGAAGCCCUGUCUUCCAUAUAUGGUGAUGAAUGGUGUGUUAUAGAUGAAGCAUCCAGAAUAUUCUGCAUCAAAAUAUCCAGCGACUUGGAGGAGUCAAAGCUGACGGCGUGUCUGCAGAUCAUUCUACCACCUGAUUAUCCGAGUGCAUCACCCCCCAUCUACCAGAUCAAUGCAGCGUGGCUGCGAGGCCCUGAGAGGGCCAAAUUGGCAAACAGCCUGGAAGACCUCUACGUGGAGCAUGUUGGGGAGAGCAUCCUCUACCUGUGGGUGGAGAAAAUAAGAGAGUUCCUGGUGGAGAAAUCCCAGAGCACAGAAACAGUGGUUCAACAAGAAAAAGUGAAUAUGACGGCUGAGGAGGAGGUGGAUGAUGCUGACGAUGAUGAAGACAUACCUGACUUCAGGACUCUGAAACUGAACACAGAAAAUGCACUUCUGUUCAUGGAUCAUUCAGACGAUGAAGAGCUGCCUCCAGUAAAACAUGGACAAGCCAUCACAGACCGGCGCAGCACCUUUCAGCCUCAUUUAGCACCUGUGGUGACUCCCAGACAGGUUAAAAUGGUCCUGGGGAAGCUGUAUGAAAACAAGAAAAUUGCAAGUGCUACACACAAUAUUUAUGCAUACAGGAUUCACUGUGAGGACAAGCACAGCUUCUUGCAGGAUUGCGAGGACGAUGGCGAGACAGCUGCAGGAGGGAGAUUGCUCCAUUUAAUGCAGAUUUUGGAUGUGCGUAAUGUCAUGGUGGUCGUGUCUCGAUGGUACGGAGGCAUUUUGUUGGGUCCCGACCGCUUCAAACACAUCAACAAUUGUGCGAGAAACAUCCUGGUGGAGGAGGGAUACACUCCUUCCUUGGAUGAGACCACAAGAUCAGGAGCAAAACCCAGAAGGCCAAAAAGCAAGAAGACAAAGUGAAUUUCAAAAGAAAAGAAAAAGAAAAAGAAGUUUACAGUUAGUUUCUUUUUAAUUAGUUUGAUUUUAAAGGAUUCAAGUGCAUUUAAUAGAUGAAAACAGUGGUAAUUUGCUAUAACAAAUAAUUUAUUUGAAAUACUGAUUCAAAUGUUUAUUUUAAAUUAUUAUUGUUAUUAUCGUCACAGUGAAUCACAUCACAUUCGAUAUUUUUCCAUUAAGUCAAUCAAACUAGAGUGAUUUGAGCACGAACUGUGAUUUUGAUCGAAGCAAAAUUGUGUUGCUUUACAUCCAUUACUCUUACAAAGGGGUUAUUGAGCCAUUUUAAACAACACAGUUAUCACACGCAUGAAUGAAUGGUUUCGUUGAGGAGGAGACAAAUGACAAUUUUCCCCAUUCAUUUUAAAUUCUCACUCCGAUCUCUCAUCAUGCUGUCUGUCAUGUUGUUGAUGCAACGCUCGCUCUGCAGCUGAAUCUGCAUCUUAAUAAUCUUCAAACAAGUCAUUCAGGGUUUCUGAGAAAAUAAAAUCAGACAUCACAAACCAA